AUGCAAACCGAGAGAAAAUACGAGUUUCAAUUUCAAUUUUCUAUAAGUUCUAAAACUUUAAUUUCUAGCUUCUCUCAAAAUCCCUUUUCAAGGCUUCUUUUCAUCUCUUAUCCUAUAUACAAAUCCGAAUCUGAUGGAACAGUUCUUUAUGGAAAAGGAUAUUGGGAUUUGGCUUUCGUUUCUUUUUGGGUGAUAGCCUUUACGUUAAUUAGAGAGUCUAUUAUGUUAUACUUAUUAAAACCUAUUGCAAUACGAGGUGGCAUUAAAAGCUCCAGAAAAAUCCUCCGAUUUAUGGAACAAGGUUAUGUUACUAUAUAUUAUAUGGUAGCUGCUUCAGUUGGUCUGACUAUAUUGUAUAACAGUUCCUACGGCUUUUUUGAAACAAGAAACUUUUGGAUUGGUUAUCCUCAUUAUGAAAUGACUCCUCUUUUAAAGUCUUAUUACCUUAUCCAAUUGGCUUAUUGGUUUCAACAAUCCGUGGUCUUAAUCCUUCAACUCGAGAGACCUCGUAAAGAUCUUUUACAAUUAGUUGCUCAUCAUAUUAUUACAAUUCUGCUAAUUGGUGGUAGUUAUAUAUCCAAUUUUACAAGAAUCGGAAAUACUGUAUUUAUUACAAUGGAUUCUUCGGAUAUUUGGUUAGGGUUAGCAAAAUGUUUGAAAUACUUGGAUUUUCCUGGAUUUAUUACCAACUCAAUGUUUAUAAUUUUCAUGUUAUUAUGGGUAUACACUCGACAUUAUUUAUUUGGAUUAGUCACCUAUUCUUUAUUUGCUGAAUCAUGUCUUCCUGAAAACAACAAAUGUAUUUGGGAUCCGCUAAAUGGUUAUUGGCUUACAUGGUGGUCCAAAUACAUUGUUUUAUUAGGAAUGACACUUUUACAAAUUUUAAUGAUUUAUUGGUUCACUCUCAUCUUGAGAAUUGCGUGGAAAGUCGUUAAUGGAAAAAACGCUGAAGAUUCUAGAAGUGAUAGUGAAAAUGAGGACGAAGAUAGCAUUUCAAAAAAAACUGAUUAG